AUGAAGGCCACUACUGCUUCUGUCCUGCUGGCACUCUCUGCCGUCAAUGUCCAUGGCCGCCCGACGGUUGACACCCGCUUCCCUUACAAGGGCCCAGCGGUGCCCGUUGGCGACUGGGUCGACCCGACGAUCAAUGGCAAUGGCAAGGGCUUCCCCCGCCUGGUCGAGCCGCCUGCUGUCAAGCCUGCCUCUUCCCAUCCCACCAAUAAUGUCAAUGUGAUUUCGUUGUCCUAUAUCCCCGAGGGCAUUCACAUUCACUACCAAACUCCAUUUGGUUUGGGUCGUGCUCCUUCCGUCAAAUGGGGCACCAAUCCCCACAAGCUGAACCGGGUUGCGUCGGGCUACACUCACACCUAUGACCGUACCCCAUCCUGCUCCCAGGUCAAGGCCAUCACCCAGUGUAGCCAAUUCUUCCACGAGGUCUCCCUCGGCCACCUGGAGCCUGGUACGACCUAUUACUACCAAAUCCCCGCGGCCAAUGGCACCACCCAAUCCGACGUCUUGAGCUUCAAGACCGCCCAAGAAGCAGGUGACCCCAAGGAGUUCACCGUGGCCGUGCUGAACGAUAUGGGAUACACCAAUGCCAAGGGUACCCACAAGUAUUUAACCCAGGCCGCCAACGAGGGCACCGCAUUUGCCUGGCACGGCGGUGAUAUCAGUUAUGCGGAUGAUUGGUACUCUGGCAUUCUGCCCUGCGCCGAUGACUGGCCCGUCUGCUACAAUGGUACUAGUACUACUCUGCCAGGGGGAGGUGCCAUCCCUGACGAGUAUAAGGUGCCUUUGCCCAAGGGUGAAAUCGCUAACCAAGGCGGCCCCCAAGGUGGUGAUAUGAGUGUGCUGUACGAAUCCAACUGGGAUCUCUGGCAGCAGUGGCUGGGAAGUGUCACGACCAAGAUCCCCUACAUGGUUCUGCCUGGCAAUCACGAGGCUGCCUGUGCUGAGUUUGACGGCCCUGGUAAUGUCUUGACUGCUUACUUGAACGAGGACAAGUCCAACAGUACUGCUGCUGAGGACGCCCUGACUUACUACAGCUGCCCGCCUUCCCAAAGAAACUUUACUGCUUACCAGCACCGUUUCCGUAUGCCCGGCGCCGAGACUGGAGGUGUGGGUAACUUCUGGUAUUCCUUUGACUACGGUCUUGCUCACUUUGUCUCCAUUGAUGGCGAGACCGACUUUGCCAACAGCCCCGAGUGGUCUUUUGCCGAGGAGGUUUCCGGCAAUGAGACGCAGCCCACUGAAUCUGAGACCUUUAUUACCGACAGCGGCCCCUUCGGUGCAGUUGAUGGUAGUGUCAAGGACACCAAGUCAUACGCCCAGUACAAGUGGCUGAAGAAGGAUCUGGCCAGUGUGGACCGAAGCAAGACUCCUUGGGUCAUUGUUAUGAGUCACCGCCCCAUGUAUAGCUCCGCCUACUCUUCUUACCAGUUGCACCUCCGCGAGGCGUUUGAGGAUCUCUUGCUCACGAACGGCGUCGAUGCCUAUCUGUCUGGCCAUAUUCAUUGGUACGAGCGUCUUUUCCCGCUCGGCGCCAACGGCACCAUCGACACCGCCUCUGUGAUCAACAACAACACUUACCGUACCAACCCCGGCAAAUCGAUGACCCACAUCAUCAACGGCAUGGCCGGCAACAUUGAGAGCCACAGCGAGUUCAGCAGCGGCCAAGGUCUGACUAACAUCACGGCCGUACUGAACAAGAAGGAGUUCGGAUUCAGCAAGCUGACUGUUGCUAAUUCCACCGCCCUGAAAUGGGAGUACAUCCGUGGAAAUGAUGGCUCCGUGGGUGACGCUCUUUGGCUACUGAAGCCAGCCGGUCCCGGGCACCAGGCUCAUGGCCAGAAGCCUAGCUUCGGCGGCAGCAAGCCUCACGCCUUUGCCAACUAG